UGUAUUACCCACACCUGACUGGCAAGGCAAAAGCGGUCCACUUCAUGGAACGGUGGUUUGUUAAUUGAUGGAGAUUUGGCAUUUGGUCGAUACAACGAGUGAGUUGGAAUCUGUGAUAAAAAAAUUGAUUGAUUUGUACACUUUUGCGAGUACAGUGUAGAUAGAAUAUGGUGACAGAGUUGAAACGUUAACGAACUUUAAAUAAGGAAAGAAUUUCUUGAAUUGUUGAUCCCAUAAGAAAUACCACCUUUCAAAAUGGACGUGGAGAGAAAGAGGACAAUUUCUGUCAAAUUAUUCAACAAAAACAGAAUUGACUUGCAUAAGGAAAUUGGGAGUGGAAGUUUUGGUAAAGUUUUGAAAGGAACGCUGAAGGAUGCCAAGGUUCAGGUCGCGGUCAAAGUCUUUUAUCAAGAAUUCAUCGGAAUUUUGCCCAAUGUUGAUUCCAAAUUGAGAGAAACGGCGUACGAUGAAUUGUCAAAAGUUGCCGUGUUGGACCAUGAAAAUAUUGUGAAACUUUUAGGAAUGGUGGAUGAUGAUAUUCCAUGGCUGGUUUUCGAAUAUAUGAAGGAUGGAAAUUUAUUGGAGUACGUAAUGCGCAAGAAGGAUCAUGUAAAAGAGAGAACAUUGGUCCGAUUUUGCCGAGAUAUUUGUAAUGGAAUGGAAUUUCUCCAUAAACUCAGUUUUCUGCACAAAGACCUCGCAGCCAGAAAUAUCUUGUUGGAUGGGAAAGUCGCUAAAAUUGCGGAUCUAGGCCUCUGCAGUUUUUUGACAGAGGAUCACGACGGUGCUUAUGCGUUGGGAGGGAAGCUUUUCCCUUAUCGACACGCCGCAUCGGAAUGCAUAGUCGAAUGUAUCUUUACGGUCGAGUCUGACGUGUGGAGUUUCGGUGUUUUACUGUUCGAGAUUUUUACGCAGGGAGCGGUGCCAUACGGACCAGAAAACAAGCAACCGGAAGUGCGUAGAUUCAUCGCGGAUGGAAUGAACCCCUCAAAUUUUCAAGACCCCACCUGUUCCGAAGAAAUACGCGGAGUUAUGGAUCGGAUUUUUUCCCCACGGCGAGAAGAGAGACCCACUUUUAGUGAACUUUUCCAAGCCUUCGAAAGUCUGUUAAACAGUCGUGGCGUGAGAAUACCGCGACCACGUCGGGAUGCGUCGCCUUUUCGCCAUAAUCGCGUCCAAGAGUUGACCGGGUCAACGGACAUGUUGUCAUCCUCACCUCCAUCCUCGAACAAUAGUAGCUUCCCAUCUAAUCCUGACUUGACCAAUAUUCCUCAAUCUUCGAAUAGGAUCCACCACCAUCAUCAUCACCACGGUCACAGCAACGGUCACGCGAUAUCACAGCCUCAACAAAUCCACAAUAAUCAUCCCCACCAGCACCAAAAGUUGGGCGUCAGUCCGCCAAAUUUUUAUGGCGAGAGGCGCAACUCUGAAACCCCGGCACGCGCUCCACGACACGUUCUUACCGUCGAAUCCGCCGCAGAACGAGGCGGAGAACGGUCCAACUCACCCAGAAGAACGGCGUCAUUUCACAACAUUUCCUCCAAACAGGAAACUCAUCAACAAUUGGGACAACACGGACAAGUAGACCAACAUCAAAACCGACUUCUCAAGGAAUUUGGAGUUGUGCCCAAUCGCUUUGGUGGCAAUAAGAAGCAGUUCAUCCAAGAUUAGGGACACACAAAAAGACAUAAUUUCCCCAUUUUGACUACGAACCAAUAUUCAUUACCUCGUCAACUCGUCUUGUUACUCGUACGGCUUUAUCUGCAUUUAGUAUAAUUAUGGCGUUAACUUUGUCAAUAAAAUAUUAAGAUUUUCAAAAAAU